AUGAAAGAAAAUUCAACAAAUUAUUCGGUUGCUAGACUUGUUGGUUCAGAUUCUGCACCAACGGGUAGUAAUGGUAUUAGUGGUUCAUCAACUUCAUUUACGGAAACAUACCGAAAACCUGAAAGUAAUUGCACUUUGGAAAGUAACAAUAAUAUUCCCAUUACUUUUCCAUUCAUGAAAUUUUCACAACCAGCAGCAGUACAUCAAGGAGUUCCCAUUGCACAAACGAUAUCACCAGGUGCAUUACCUGUGCGAUUAUUUCAUCCAGCAAUAGCGAAUAAUCACGUUAGCACAGUUACUAACGUGAGUCAAUUUGCAUGGAAUAUGCACUUACGUCAAGUAGCGCUUAAUUUGAUGACUUUGCAAAGGUUACAAGCUGCUAAUACUGGAAGAGAGCCAAUGGCUAUUUUUGAAAAACAACAAAUUCAUCCUUUAACUUCCGCUUCAAGUGAUCGAGAACAAAAUUUGCUGUCUUGUCCGAAAUGCAACAAACUUUUUAUUAAUACAUUUUUGCUUGAGUUUGAAGACGAAAUAAAAUUAUUAGAUAUUAAUCGAUAUGACAGUGAAAAGCCUCAUAAAUGUACGGUAUGUGGAAAAGCAUUUUCACAGUCAUCUAAUUUAAUUACGCAUACACGUAAGCAUACUGGUUAUAAGCCGUUUUCGUGUGAUAUUUGCGGGCGAACUUUUCAACGUAAAGUUGAUCGUCGAAAACAUCGAGAAAGUCAUCAUUCUGAUGAAAUACGUGAACAUCAAGGCUUGUUUUCUAAUCAAAUCAUAAAUCGAAAUAGUAUGGAUCGAUCUAUUUCAUGUGAAUUUCUAAAUUUGAUGGGCCGUACUUCGUUAGAAAUUUUGGACCGUCUCCGAUUACCGUCUACUGCAAUGCUGGACUCGAAGUCAGGGCGUUUGCCUCUUCCAGCAUCUGAUGAAGCACUGAAUCUUACAUAUUUGCGUAAAAGAUAA